UGGCCAGACCUGCCCUGUUCUUGAACCGGGUAGUUCAGCGCUCCGGCGAUUCUCAAUUGAUGACUGUCCGUCUCUUCGUACAUUGCACAAGAAGUAGACUGGCUAGUGUACGCUAGUUUGAGCCGUCCUCUAUUCCAAUAUCUUUCGGAACUGUUGUUGACAUUCAACAGUGAAGGGGACGUGUCCAAAAAGUUAACAUUUUGGAGUGAUCAUAAGGAGCGCCUUUACCCAAACGUGUAGGUCCUCGUUAAAGACUGUCCACCAGGGAUGUUCGACCUAACGAAGGAAUGGAACCUGUCAUUCGCCGGCUGCGGGUUCCUGGGGAUCUAUCACAUCGGAGUGGCCAGCUGCCUGUCGGAACAAGCGCCUUACCUUAUCAAAGGUGCCACCAAGAUCUACGGGGCUUCAGCUGGUUCCCUCUCUGCCUCGAUGCUCGCCAGCCAGGCAUCCAUAGCUAAGUGCUGUGAGGAUGUGAUCGAGACUGUCAUGGAGGCCAGGAAGCGUAACCUGGGCCCCCUCCACCCCUCCUUCAACCCGCUCAAGAUCAUCAGGUCGGGCCUGGAGCGCGACCUGCCCGCCAACGCUCACACACUCGCCUCCGGGAGGCUGUGUGUGUCACUCACUCGCGUGUCUGAUGGACAAAACGUCAUCGUGUCCGAGUUCAAGUCCAAGGAGGAGCUCAUCCAGGCGCUGCUGUGUAGCUGUUUCAUCCCCAUAUACUGUGGCCUGAUCCCCCCAUCCUUCCAAGGAGUGCGUUAUGUGGAUGGGGGGAUCAGUGACAACCUUCCUCAGUCAGAGCUGAAGAACACCAUCAGCAUCUCUCCGUUCUCAGGCGAAAGCGACAUCUGUCCCCGCGACACCUCCUUCAACUUCCACGAGCUUCGUUUCACCAACACCUCCAUCCGGUUGAACCUGAGCAACAUGUACCGCCUCAGCAAGGCCCUGUUCCCCCCAGAACCCAAGGUCAUGGCAGAGAUAUGUCAGAGUGGCUACAAGGACGCCCUUCGCUUUCUUGAGGAGAACCAUCUGCUAAAGCUGGAGUGUCCGACUGCCGGCCCCAACCUAUCAGAAGUCACCUGCUGCUGCGAGCCCAUCGCCAUGGAAACCACUAAGAACUGGAUGUUCUGGCGGCUCCGCCUCCUGAGGAAGCAACACUGGUGGUUGGAUGAGCAGAUUGUUGACAACCUGCCAACCCAAAUCAAGAAAGUGUUCUGUGAGGCGUGCCAACAGAAGCCUGGUCUGUAUGCUAAGGUGUCUGAGAUGCUGCUGGUCAGAGUGGCCUCCUACAUGCUCCUGCCCUGCACACUACCUGUGGUAUCAGCCUACUCAGUGGGCAAGAGGUUUGUGGAGUGGAUCCCAGAGGUGCCUGCAGACAUGCGUUGGCUAGCUGGGGUGGCUGGGGAUGUGGCUGGGAGUGUGUACAGACAGGCCUGGAGAGGAGCACCAGCAGACAUAACCAGUGAUGGUUCCCUGAGGAAUUGCAUGAGCCUGCCCCCACCCCUGGAAAGUGACGGACAAAGGGAGAGAGACUGUCCCCUCGCCGGGUUCGCUCGCUCUGCUCUCAACUUCCAAAGCCAAUACUGGAACAUCCCCACCGCCCCCUCUUCCCACUGCCCCACCAGCCCCCACUCGUCCAGCCCCUCCCCUCGACAGAUCUGCUUCAGUGUACAUUUUGGCACUCUUUUUUAGAUCCAUUCUAGUCUGUCACUUUGACUGAAAUAUCAUUAAAUCUUAGUCACAUUUUUGUGAUUUGAAUAAUGAUUUAGUCAUUGUUAAAAUGACGAAAAGAGAGCCGUUUUAGUCAACUAAAUGCCCUUUCAUUUUAGUUAUAUUUUAGUCCACAUCACAUUUGUAUUGCCUCAUUAGCCACAAACCACGUUUCCAUCCAGAGUUUUAUGGGAGUAGUCAUAUCAAAGAUUUGUAUAACUAACCCAAGAUGGACCAUAACUACUGAGAUGGUAGGCUAUUCAAGAAAUAAAUGGUUAUAUCCAACAUGUCCAAGCAGGACUGCAUGAUUCCAGAUACAGUAUUUUGAUGUGCAACCGAAUCCAGCGAUUGUCAUGAAUUGUGAGUUGACGAUAGGGUAUUGUUGUUAUAUUUUACUGUUAAAAUAGGGAUGAAAUAGGGAUGAAUUUGCCUAAAUCUUUAUGUGCACUAAUAUCAUAGGCUAAAUUAUUUUGGGGUUUAUACACCACAUGAUACAGUGAAAACUCAAACACAUCAGCUAGAUCACUAACACUAAAUAUAAUACCCACUGCUAGUAGUCAUGUAUUAAUCUAAAAGUAAACGAAAUGUCUUCUUUUUUUCUUUUCUUUUUGUUGUAGCACUGCUAACCUAUACACAUACAAUGGGUCAAUGCUUGCGCAUUUCGUGGGCUUCGUAUCUGAAAGCCAUGUCUAAUAUUUUGAUUGUAAAAGAGUUGCUAUUGAGCUCAAUAUAAGAGAUGACAAAUAUAAAGUAAACCCACAGAAAGCUGAGAACAACAUUUGCUUCUAAAUCAAGAAGCAUUUUUUCUCACUCCCAGAGUGCACAUCGUGGCUUGCACAUCACAGCAGCAGGCUCCAGCGGAACAGGUCAAGGGGCUUGGCAGACACUUCCAUUACAGAAAUCAUGAGGAUAAUGCACUUUACUGUUUGACCAAAUCAACGGUUUUAGCCACUCAAAAAAUAGGACGUUUUUAAACUUUGGAGUGAGGUGACCAUGUAAUGAAUGUUCAGCUCGCACGCCACCAAUUACAGAUUUAAGUCGCACACCAAGUCAAAGGGUUGCAGUCUAGAGCCUUGACCCUUGAAAUACUGUAGCUAUAUUGUAAUCAAAGUUGUGUCAUAAGUAGUGGUCUGAUACUGUAGGUUGCAGCAAACUACAAGCUAGAAUUAUCAAUCGGUUAUUAGCCUAUCUGAGCGUCAGAGGAGACUGGUGGCGGGAGGAGCUAUAGGAGCACGGGCCUUUUUGUCAUGUCUGGAAUGGAGUUAAUGGGACAUAUCAAACACAUGGAAACCACAUGUGCCAGCUCAAGUUCCCUCCCACGGGGCCUAUGUAUAGGAACUGAAAGGUGGUUUAGGAUGGGCAAGUUGGUCAUGUGAUCGAAUAGCUUUGGAAUCCAGAACUGUUGCUAUAGACACACUAAUGACUCAAUCAUGUCUUUUGAUCACUCCACCAAUCAUAUUUUAUUCUAUUGUACACAUUGGGAAACAAUUUACCAGCUCACCACCAAAGACCUCUGCAAGUGAAUUUUUUGGGGGGGAUUUACACAUUUUAUAAAUCACUUUGUCUAGUUUUACCAGAUAACGUGUUGUCACUACCUAAGUACAGUACCUACCUACCUGUGUUCAGUCAAAUGUAGCAUUCAUUCCUCAUUCCAGACGGACUGUUGAUAUGACUUGACGUUGACUUCUUAAAUAUGACCUCUGCUGUGUUAUUUAUUUUGUAUUAGACAGGACCCUUGCACUAAACUAUGAACUACUGUGAUGAGCUGUGAUGUCAAGACAUUUGAAAUCACAAUAUUCUUGAAAGUUCCCUUCAGAACUUCUCUUAAUGUUGACAUUUACUUUUGCACAAUAACUUUAGGUGCAUAGGAUUCACAAUUUUAAUGGCAUAAUCAAAUGUCAAAUUUAAGUUAUCACACUGCCCCAUUUAUAGUAGGCUACAUACUGUACUUAUUUUUGUAACGUGUGUAACACUGUGAAAACCUCUGCCUACUUGUCAUUGGAUGGCAGGUAGCCUAGUGGUUAGAGCAUUGGACCAAUAAAGGAAAGGUUGCUGGUUGAAAUACCUGAACCAACAAAGUGAAAAACCUGUUGAUGUGCCCUUGAGCAAGGCACUUAAUCCUAAUUUGUUCUAGAGGUGCCAUACUACUAUGGCUAACCAUGUAAAACAACACAUUUCACUGCACCUAUAUGGUGUAUGUGACAAUAAAACAUUUUUUAAAUAUACUUUGUUGUUAUUUAAUUAAGGCCCUUAUCUUAAUAACAUAAAACACAAUGGUUUUUAUGAUGUGACCUGUGUUUAAAUAUACUGGAACUAUUAAAAUCCUAUUGUGGAUUCUAAAAUCCUCAUUAUGGAAACUGUAUAAUAAGUAGGGGAGAGUGGGAUAAGUUGAGCCAAAGAGGUAAAUUGAUCUUUGUUUAUACACAAAAUUAAUAAUUUGACAAAAUAUUUCAGUAGAGGCCACCAUUUCAUGGAGUCUGAAGGAAGUAACCACAUGG